AUGGCAGAUCAUUUAGAAGCUAUUUUACUAAUUAAACCUAAAAAAUUAUUAAAUUUUAAUCUAAGCCUUAGACCUAUUAAUAACAUACUACUUCUAAUUAUACUCCUACUGUUGAAAGGGACUUCAAUUAAAAGCUCCAGCCAGGAAACUUUUUACUUAAAUAUAAGAAAAUAUACUUUCUAUAAUAAUAAUCUCAAUAAAGAUUAUAUAAGCUUAAAAGGCCUAUUUACUUCUAUUCUAAUAAAGGCCUUAAACGCCUAUAAAAGGCUAGUCCUUAUCUCUAAAGAGCUUAAAUACCUUACAACUUCUUUUAAUACUCUAAACUAUUAUAGGUUAUUCUUAAUAAUAAAAAUUAUUAAUGUAUAUCUAGAUUUAGUUUAUUCUGCUUUUUUUACUUAUUAG